AUGAAUUGGAAACUUCUAGCGGCAGACUCGGAGACUAUCUCCGUGGGUUCCACAAUGACUUCAACCCUUCCAGGUGUUUACCGUUUGAUCCGCCAAAAUGCUAUAAACGUUGCAAAGGAGAGUUUUGCACUAAAGAAACGUCCGGUUCCACCGUACAGCAUUACGGCAGAGACUCUCAUGAACGAGAUACGACGGUUUGACCUAGACUAUCGCAACAGGAAGAAGCGCAACAAAUCAAUUGUUAUUAUGAAUAAAGAGUUAACCACUAGUUUUGAUACACCAACCAAUGUAACAUUCCCGGACCCUGGAACUUCAGUAACGAUUGAUAGCAAUUUGCAUACUGACUUUCUUAGGUGGGAGCGGGAGAAAAUGAUGGUCCUUAACAAUAUUCAAAAUAGACAUAAAAGGACAUCCGUCAUAACAUCGUCUACCUCGUUUGAUUUCAAGACAAAUGAUAUACCGAGAGAAUCCACUGCAUUCAAUGAUUACCAUGAAAUGAUCUUAAGAUGGCUAGACACAUGCUAUAUUGCAAAAGACCCUAUUCCAGAAACUAUUACGAAUGCUUUUAAGAACAUUUAUGCUAAUGAAAUAGUGCAUGAUGACCUAAAUGAUAUUGUUGAUAUGAUCCUCGCCUGCGGUAAAGCCGUGGCCACUAAAACUGGAUUUAUUGGCUGUUUAUCGGUGAUAUUGCGUUACUUGGAGACUUUGAAUAGACAAGUACUGGAAAUGCCAGAAUCAUACUCGGAUUUUGACCAGCUAAGCCGCAUAAUCGCAAUUGCCAAUGAAAAGUACAAGCGUGAUUCGCUCAAGAUAAAUGAUGAGUACUUUUUUUACAUCCUCUAUCUACUAUUAAAAACAGGCAAUAUUACUGGACUGGAAUAUUUGUCGAGCAAUAAAAGUGAAUCUUUAUGGAAAGAUUACGAGUUAGAUCCACCUCCACUAUAUUCAAAAUUUUGCAUGUCAUUGGUUAAUGUCAUUAAAUACACUAUUGAUCCUGUCAAAAAUGCUGCAUCCAUUCAUGAUCGCCAAUUACUCACUCUCGACAUUAAUAGGUCCUCAAUUUCUCGUAAUCCAGAUAUGGAUAAUUAUCCUUUCUACAAACUAUUGAUCUACAACAUAUUACUACCUGAGAUAGCACGGGACAAAGAUCACCCCUUUACCAAACUUAAUUCAUUAGACGAUAUCAAUCUUAUAUUUGAGAAGAUUUGGUAUCGUUUGCAUUUGAUUUUGAUGGGUUCGCCCACAACAAUGCCUCAAUCAGUCGCCAAUUUAUGUAAGGAAAUCACCACAGUUGGGCUGUCUUAUAUGUCAAAAUUGUCCAAAGAUUCAACAAUUAAGCAAGUAACGUCUAAAUUAUUACUGUAUUGUAAGUUGCAGUGUUGUGGUGGCUGCUUCUUCGAAACUCUUCGUCUAAUGAUGUGCACAUGUCAAAUACCAACAGUACAGCAAGUUGCAAUCAUGUUAACCAGUUACUUGGAUAAAUGUGGCGUUUUUAGUGAUGGUCAAAUGAAUUAUGUAUCGAUCCAGUUGUGGGAGUUACCGGAGCAUGUUUCGGGCAUCCCAUAUUUGCUCAAGGUUGCUUAUAGUUCUCGUAGAAAAGUUUUAGUUGAUACUAAAAUUUGCUUCGCCGCCAUUACUAUGAAUUGCAAAACCAAUGUUUUGUAUGCUAUAGCAGAGAAUUACCAGGAAGUGAUGAAUAGUGACAUGCUUGGCACAAUUGUCCCACCAACUACUCCAAUUUAUGACUCCCAAUCUGGUAACCCCAAUAUGUUGCCCGGGGUAAAAAUUGGUCCCCUGCUUAACAAGCUAUCUAAAUUAACCCAAGUUGAGCAUGUUUCAAAAAUUGCAAUUGACACUAUUGCCAAGUAUGCUAUCGCUCAGAACAAAUAUGCAGAGGCUUACAAUUGUUACUACUCAAUUAAUAGUGUCGACGGUAUGCUCAAAGUUAUAGAUUCUCUUUUGAAGCAGAUUGUUUUUGAGAAUAUAGAUCCCAAAUUGGGCAAGGAGGAGAUAAAGGAGCAUAAUCAGUAUCCGUCGAUUAUAUGUAGUAUGUAUGAUGCUAUAAGGGUUAUUUACCCUUCCGAUGCCAAACUAUUACUACUUGAACCCAAAAUAGAUUGCAUGAGGAUUAUAGCUCUUGACUAUAACGAAAAGUACAAUGAAGCAUUUAACUUUUCCAAGGCAAAACGUAUAUUUUCUAAUGGCAUACGAAUUUUAGCAACUGAAAAUGAUAAUGUUCACCUUCUAGCAUUUUCUUCGUUGGUAAACUCGAUCAAACAAUUAAUAUUCACUUGUCAGAUGCCUUGCAACAUAAUUUCCGAAACGGAAGCGAAUUAUUUAGUGGAUUUGCUGGACGCCGCUUACAAAAAUUCCAAAUCUAGCAAGAAAUUGAUAGUCAAAGCGUUACACGACUUGUUAACCUUUGUAAAUAUACAUAACACGAAUAUGUAA